UGGUUGCCGGAGCUAGCAAAAUACGUACGUACGACGUACAAGCAUGAAGGCCGACGGUGCAACCGAGGGCAGCGGUGGAGAAGCGUCAAGAGGGGCAAGGGGAAUCUCCAUAAUGGACCUGAUUUUACGAGUAGUCGCCAUUGUUGGAAGCUUGGGAAGUGCAGUGGCAAUGGGGACGACAGACCAAACACUUCCCUUCAUCAUCCAAUCCUUCCGGUUUGAGGCUCAAUAUGAUGAUUUUCAUACAUUUAAGCUGUUCGUGAUCGUGAGCGCCAUUGUCUGUGGCUACCUUGCUCUUUCACUCCCACUUUCCAUUUUCCACAUUCUAAGGACCAAAGCAGAAAAGAGCAGGAUCUUGCUUAUAUUUUUGGAUACGAUGAUGAUGGGUCUUCUCACAGCAGGAGCAUCCUCAGCAGCAGGCAUAGUAUACCUUGCACACAAUGGCAAUUCCUCUGCAAACUGGCCUGCAAUAUGCCAACCAUUUCAAGACUUCUGCAGGAGAACUUCUGCCUCUUUAAUUGGAUCAUUUGUCGCCAUUGUUAUGCUUCUUCUGCUCGUCCUGCUGUCAUCCAUUGCCCUACACAGAAGCCAUUAG